AUGUCCCUAAAGGUCACCCAACAGAACGGUAUCUCGGUGUACACAGUCUCGGGCAGCCAGGCGAUCCGUUCGCUGCCGGACUGGCUCGCACGCAAGCGCAAGCACAGCCUGCGCUCCGACGCCGCCUACAACUCCCGCAUCGAGCUGAUCCAGGACUUCGAGUUCGAGGAGGCGAGCCAGUGCGUGCGCGUGAGCCCGGACGGGGAGUACGCAAUGGCGACGGGGACGUACAAGCCGCAGCAGCGUGUCUACCACCUGCCGUCGUCAGCGCUCAAGUAUUCUCGCCACACUGGGUCGCUGAAUUUGAAGUUUAUGCUUCUGUCGACCGAUUACACCAAGAGUCUGCACUUGCAGACCGACCGAUCGCUAGAGUUCCACACUGCCAUGGGGUGCCACCACGUCACCAGGAUUCCGAGGUAUGGGAGGGAUCUGGCGUACUUGAAGCCCGCGGCGCAUGUUGUCAUUGCGGCCGAGGGGCGGGAGGUUUACAGGUUGGAUCUGGAGGCGGGGAGGUUUUUGAAGCCGUUUGGUGUGGGGGGGUAUGAUGGGGGCGCUGCUGAUGGCAGUGGGGAUGUGGGGUCGGUGGAGUGUGUUGGAGUUGCGGAUGGUUCGCAUGGGCUUUUGGCAUUCGGGACCGAUGUGGGCACGACCGAGUUCUGGGAUCCGAGGAGUCGAAAUCGAGUCGGCCUUCUCGGACCUCCUGCCUCUGCUGCCGCUUCAUACGAUGUCUUUGGUCAGCCAGUGAGGUCCGGCGUCACGGCUUUGGAAUUCAACCCCUCUGGCCUAACACUGGCUGCUGGCAACUCCGUAGGGAUAACAACCCUCUACGACAUCCGCUCCCCAAACCCCCUCCUAAGCAAAGACCAAGGCUACGGUUUCCCCAUCAAAACCCUAAAAUUCCUGCACUCCCCCUCCUCCUCCAAUUCCAACACCCGGGGUGUAGAGACUGCCUACGAAACAACCUCCACCCCAAAAGUCCUCUCAGCCGACAAGCGCAUUAUCAAGAUUUGGGACCAGGCGAGCGGGAAACCAUGGACAUCCAUCGAACCCUCGGUGGACAUAAACGACGUCUGCGUGGUUCCCAGCUCGGGCAUGCUCUUCACCGCCAACGAAGGUCGGGAGAUGCACUCAUUCCUCAUACCAGCGCUCGGCCCAUCACCCUGGUGGUGCGCGCAUUUAGACACGCAAAUCGAGCAACUCGCGGACAAGCACAUCAACGAUCCAGACGCCUACAUCACCGAUACCGCAGGCACCGGUGAGGAAGUGGUGACGUACGACAACUACAAAUUCCUAACAAAGGCCGAACUGAAGCAACUGAACCUCGACCACCUCCUCGGCGGCGGCCACACCACCACCACCGAUCGAGGGAAGAAGACUGCUUCCGGAGGAAGCCUGGUUAGACCAUACAUGCACGGCUACUUUGUCGACCAAAGACUCUACGACGAAGCACGACUAAUCGCCGAUCCAUUCGAAUGGGAGCGCGAGAGGAAACGCAUGGUAGCAGAAAAGAUAGAGAAGCAACGAGAGAGCCGGAUCCGCUCCAGCCGCCCCGCUGCGAAAGUCAAGAUCAACAAGCGGCUAGCAGAGCGAUUGGCAGCGCUGGAAGGAAAGCUAGCGAAAGCCAGUAGGGAAAAGGGUGAAGAGGGAGAGGAAGAUGGAGAGGGCGAUAGAGAGGGAAAUGUACUAAAGGACACACGCUUCACCCGCCUCUUCCAAAAUCCAGAGUUUGAAGUAGACGAGACAUCACUAGAGUUCCGACAAUUAAACCCUAGCACUAACCCCCCCCCUCUUCCCCACACCCGUAAAACGGCGGUGGAGGAAGAACAAGAAUCCUCCUCCUCUUCUUCCGAGCCCGGGUCCGAGUCCGAAAAGGAAGACAAACAAAAGCAGCACAAGAAGCAGCCACAAAUGCGCAUCUCGACAUCCUCCUACAAAAAGGCGAACCACGACACUCGAGGCUUCGCCCCUUCGUCUGCGCAAAAGAGGCGCAAUCUCGAUAGGUCGUUCGGCGAACAAGUCUCUUCUAUCAAGGCUCGGCCGCGGGCGGAGAGGGCUGGGAAGAAGGUCGUUGGGGGCAGGGGAGUGGUGGGGGAGAGGGAGGUUACAUUCUUCGCCACGUCGGGGCGGAAAGGCGGCGGGCGAGGAGGGCGAGGGGGUGGAGGGGGAAGGCCCGCCGGUGAGAGGAGGAGUGCUAGUGGGAAUGUAUUCCGCCGGGAGGGGUUGGGCAGGUAG